AAGUGAAACUCAGCUGCUCCAUUUUGUUCCGAGAGGAAAAUAAAAUAUUCCAGGAUUAAAAGCUAAAGCUCUGAUAUAUAAACGCUCUAAAUGAAGACGUUUAGAGUUAAUAUAAGGAGUUUUGUUGGUUUGUACUGAAGUUUUUAAUGUACACAGGUUGUUUUAUGACUUGAUAUCGUGUGUAUAGUGUUUGAUUUAACACACCGAUGUUGGAGUGAAGUAAACGUGUGUCCUGCUGUAAUCUGGAGAAGGAGACAUGACCUCCAACAUGAGUGUGUCUGGAAAACAGGACUUAAAGAAAGACGAGAGAAUGAUGGAGGGAAAGAGAUCAGACUCACCAGAACCCAGCUGUGUGUCCAUGAAGAGUGACUGGUCAAUGGAACGUCCAAUUGACUUCAGAGACAGAGACAGUUCUACUGAUGUGAGACCACAAAAGAAGAAAUCAAACAUCAGCAGAAAUCAGCUGGACUCCAUAUUCAAGGAGCUGGAACACAAAGUCAUCACUCUGAUAAAGAAUGAGCUGAAGAGGUUUAGGAAGCUCCUGAGUCCAGAUUACCCAGCAUGCACUGAGAGGGAGGUGGAGGAUGAGGAGGAUCUGCACAGUGUCAGAGAGGGAGCUCUGAAGAUCACACUGCACUUCCUGAAGAACAUGAAGCACACAGAUCUCGCUAACACACUGCAGAACAAACUCGUGUAUCAGACAAAGCUGAAAUCCAACCUGAGAGACAAGUUUAAAAGAAUUAAUGAAGGAAUCUCACAGCAUGGAAGAUCAGCACUUCUGAAUGAGAUCUACACAGAGCUCUACAUCACAGAGGGUUGGAGUGGAGACGUCAAUAAUGAACAUGAGGUGAGACAGAUUGAGACAGUGUCCAGGAGACCAGCAACACAGGAGACACCCAUCAACUGUAAUGACCUCUUUAAGGACAAGUCCAUCAGAACUGUGCUGACUAAAGGAGUUGCUGGAAUUGGAAAAACAGUCUCUGUGCAGAAGUUCAUUCUGGACUGGACUGAAGGAAAAUCAAAUCAGGACAUCACCUUCAUGUUUCCACUUCCCUUUAGAGAGCUGAAUCUGAUGAAGGAGAAAAAUCUCAGUCUGAUGAAUCUUCUUCAUCACUUUUCCCCAGAAAUAAGAGAACUAGAAUCAAUAGACUGUGACUCCUACAAAGUGGUGUUGAUCUUUGAUGGUCUGGAUGAGUGUCGACUUCCUCUAAAUUUCCAGAAGAAUGAGAGAUUGUGUGAUGUGACAGAGUCAGCCUCAGUGGAUGUUCUGCUGACGAACCUCAUCAAGAGGAAUCUGCUUCCCUCUGCUCUUCUCUGGAUAACCUCUCGACCAGGAGCAGCCAAUCAGAUCCCUCCUGAGUGUGUAGACCAGGUAACAGAGGUACGAGGGUUUAAUGAUCCUCAGAAAGAGGAGUACUUCAGGAAGAGGAUCAGUGAUCAGAGCCUGGCCAAUAAAAUCAUCAGACACAUGAAGUCUUCAAGAAGCCUCUACAUCAUGUGCCACAUCCCAGUCUUCUGCUGGAUCUCAGCCACUGUUCUAGAGAGAAUGUUGGGUGAAGCAGAGAGUGGAGAGAUCCCCAAGACUCUGACUCAAAUGUUUACACACUUCCUGAUCUUUCAGAUCAAACACAAGGAUGAAAAGUACCAUCAGAAACAUGACCCUGAUCCUCAGCAGACCAGAGAGAGUAUCCUGGCACUGGGAAAACUGGCUUUCCAGCAGCUGGAGAAAGGAAACCUGAUCUUCUAUGAGGAAGACCUGAGAGAGUGUGGCAUUGAUGUCAGAGAAGUGUCAGUGUACUCAGGAGUGUGUACCCAGAUCUUCAGAGAGGAGUUUGGGCUUCACCUGGGGAAGGUGUUCAGCUUUGUACAUCUGAGUGUUCAGGAGUUUCUGGCUGCUUUAUACGUGUUUUUCUGCUUUAAAUUUAGAAAGACAAAUGUGCUUGUGGAGCAAAGCACUGGACUUUUUAAUUUCUUCAGAAAUCCAAACAUGUCUGAUCUCCUCAGGAGUGCAGUGGACAAGGCCUUACAGAGUGAGAAUGGACACCUGGACCUGUUCCUCCGCUUCCUUCUGGGUCUCUCACUGGAGUCCAAUCAGACUCUCUUACGAGACUUAAUGCCACAGACAGGAAGUAGUUCUCACAGCAAACAGGAAACAGUGGAGUACAUCAAGGAGAAGAUCAGGGAGAAUCCAACUCCAGAGAAAUCCAUCAAUCUGUUCCACUGUCUGAAUGAACUGAAUGAUCAUUCUCUAGUGCAGGAAGUACAGACUUAUGUGAACAGAAAAAAAUACUUUUGUCUCAGUGGAUCCAGUCUCUCUCCUGCUCAGUGGUCAGCUCUGGUGUUUGUGUUACUGACCUCAGAACAGGAGCUGGAUGUGUUUGAUUUGAGGAAAUAUGAUCCAUCAGAGGAAUGUCUUCUGAGACUGCUGCCAGUGGUCAAAGCCUCCAGAAAAGCUGUUCUGUUUCAGUGUAAUCUGACAGAGGAAAGCUGUAGAGCUCUGUCCUCAGUUCUCAGAUCAAACUCCUCCAGUCUGAGAGAACUGAACCUGAGUUACAAUAAACUGCAGGAUUCAGGAGUGAAGCUGCUCUCUGCUGGACUGAAGAAUCCACACUGUACACUGGAGAUACUGAGUCUGUUUCAGUGUAAUCUGACAGAGGAAAGCUGUAGAGCUCUAUCCUCAGUUCUCAGCUCAAACUCCUCCAGUCUGAGAGAACUGAACCUGAGUAACAAUAAACUGCAGGAUUCAGGAGUGAAGCUGCUCUCUGCUGGACUGAAGAAUCCACACUGUACACUGGAGAAACUGAGGAUGAGGAACUGCAGUAUUACAGAUGAAGGUUGUGCUGCUCUGGAUUCAGCUCUGAGGUCAAACUCCUCAUCACACCUGAGAGAACUGGAUCUGGACGAUAAUAAUCCAGGAGAAUCAGGAGUGAAGCUGCUCUCUGAUCUACUGAAGGAUCCACACUGUAAACUGGAGACACUACAUCUGUGUCGGUGUAAUCUGACAGAGGAAAGCUGUAGAGCUCUGUCCUCAGUUCUCAGCUCAAUCUCCUCCAGUCUGAGAGAACUGAACCUGAGUUACAAUAAACUGCAGGAUUCAGGAGUGAAGCUGCUCUCUGCUGGACUGAAGAAUCCACACUGUACACUGGAGAUACUGAGGAUGAGGAACUGCAGUAUUACAGAUGAAGGUUGUGCUGCUCUGGAUUCAGCUCUGAGGUCAAACUCCUCAUCACACCUGAGAGAACUGAAUCUGGACGGUAAUAAUCCAGGAGAAUCAGGAGUGAAGCUGCUCUCUGAUCUACUGAAGGAUCCACACUGUAAACUGGAGACACUACAUCUGUGUUGGUGUAAUCUGACAGAGGAAAGCUGUAGAGCUCUGUCCUCAGUUCUCAGAUCAAACUCCUCCAGUCUGAGAGAACUGAACCUGAGUAACAAUAAACUGAAGGAUUCAGGAGUGAAGCUGCUCUCUGCUGGACUGAAGAAUCCACACUGUACACUGGAGAUACUGAGGAUGUGGAACUGCAGUAUUACAGAUGAAGGUUGUGCUGCUCUGGAUUCAGCUCUGAGGUCAAACUCCUCAUCACACCUGAGAGAACUGAAUCUGGACGAUAAUAAUCCAGGAGAAUCAGGAGUGAAGCUGCUCUCUGAUCUACUGAAGGAUCCACACUGUAAACUGGAGACACUACAUCUGUGUCAGUGUAAUCUGACAGAGGAAAGCUGUAGAGCUCUGUCCUCAGUUCUCAGCUCAAACUCCUCCAGUCUGAGAGAACUGGACCUGAGUAACAAUAAACUGCAGGAUUCAGGAGUGAAGCUGCUCUCUGCUGGACUGAAGAAUCCACACUGUACACUGGAGAUACUGAGGAUGAGGAACUGCAGUAUUACAGAUGAAGGUUGUGCUGCUCUGGAUUCAGCUCUGAGGUCAAACUCCUCAUCACACCUGAGAGAACUGGAUCUGGACGAUAAUAAUCCAGGAGAAUCAGGAGUGAAGCUGCUCUCUGAUCUACUGAAGGAUCCACACUGUAAACUGGAGACACUACAAAUUAAAUGUUAUAAACUCACCAGGUCUGGUGUAUGACCGGAGUCUGACCUCAAACCUCUUGUCCAGGAUAAAGCAGUAGUGGUGAAGCGUUAGAACCCGUCCCACAUUUCCAGCAGUUUGGGAGCUGAAUCAUUCAUAUUCAGAUGUAGAAGUUCCAGAACAAUAACCGUGACUGACCACAUCCUUUUAUCCACUCAGCUACAAGUUACUUCAGGCUUUAAUCACAUAUUUUACAAUCCAAAGUCCAAUCCUUCAGCAUCUACACACAACACAGAGAUAUCAUCACACCAUCACACUGAUUACACAAACACACAUCCAGCUGUUGGAGAUGUUUAUUUUAUUAUUUUUUUUAAUUACUUCUUUUCAUAUCUGUUUUUUGUUUGCUAAUCUGUGUUUAAUUGUAACCAUGGUAACAGGUCUGCUGAUUGAUUUGUUGUUGUAGUGACCCAGUUUUGUAUAUAUGUUGUAUACAUGUCAUUUCCACUGUGUGUAAUUACAGAAUAAACAGUGAGUGUGAGUGAAACACAACAAUUCAGGUGUUUGAGGUGUGUUUGAUCACAAACCUUUCUGAAGCAGUAACUGUUCUGUCUCAGUAACAUGAUCACUUCCUGUCUCUCAGGUGCUGCAGUAUUGGGUGUGGAGCUGAACACAGGAAGUUACUGCAUGGAAAACAUUCAACAAUUCAAUUUAAUGAACAAUUCAAUCUCAACAACUUAAUUUAAGUCCUACAUGAUGGAGCAGACUGGAGCCCAGUGUUAGACCCAAAUCAUGUUCAUUCACAUGUUAAAGAAAACUGCUGCAUCUUUGUGGAAGUCCGUGUCAUUCACAAGGAAGCAGUUUACUGGAACGGAUCAGAAUCUGAAUCACUUCACUGCCUGUGAGUUGGGACACAGGUUUAGGAUCAGACUCAGGAGAACACUUUGUAUU